GCGUGAUAUUGUUUGAAAUUCUUUUUUAUUUUCUGGGCUGUGUAACAGCUAAUUCCAAAACACGAUUGAAACUUUUGGUGGGUCCACUUUCACUUUAAUCACUAUAACAAUCAUAAAAUGAAACUGGUAAUCCUUCUUUAUUUGAUACUAUUAGCUUGCUUUACGAAGAUGAGUUGCACAUCAAAACCAAUUGAUAAUUGUACAUACUGUGUAAAUGUUCUCAAAUGUGUAUUUGGCCAUUUUGGAAAAAGUGUGAAGAGCAAAAGGCAAUUGGGGAAUAAGCUUGUAGCCACUUGCAAACGAUAUUCACAGUAUCGAAGUAGAUGUAUUCGUGUUGUGAAAUCAAACUUGCUUUUAAUCUUUGACAACAUGCAACCAGAAAAGUACGAUCCGGUUCAAACGUGCAUUGAGCUUCAGGAGUGUGCUCCAAGUUCUCUCGCCUCUGACACCAUUUCAACUUCCGAUAAGUAAAGAAUAAAUUCUUGAUCAUCAAGAGAGUUUGGUUUAAAGUUCAUUAUUUUCACGAUAUUUUUAUUUUUAUGCUAGACUCGAUAUUCUUUCUAUUCAUGUUAUGUUUCUUCUUGUCAUUCAUAUCUCAUCACAUACUUCCCCCAGAAAUCUUUCUCCUCCACUCGAGAUUGUGUACAAGACGCCGGGAAUAAUGAAAAAUAAAAGCGGUUUCCAAAUAUAAUUAUCAAAAUAGAGCACAAUUCCAGGGCUGGUUCGCCACAUCGAGACCCUCCGGGUUUGAGAAUUGUCUUCCAUUUUGCCUAAUGUUUUUGGUUGACUAUGUAUGUGAUCACAGAAUUACAAGUGUUUUGUUUCCUUUUCCUUUCCCAUUUCCCCUAUAAAAUAAACAA